AUGGGCCAGAAGGCAGGCGACCUUGGCUGGCGGUCAGCGAGAUGCUACCCGAGCGGGGGUCUGCAGCACAGGCUCAGGAAAGGCACGUUCCCUUCCUUCUCCCGAGUGCUUCUCAGGCUCCCCCCUCAUUUUGCCCACCCUCUCCCCAUCUCUCCAGGGCUCAGCCUUUUGCUGCUGUCCUUGCUCCUGGCUCGAGCUGGUGUCUGGGGAUUUCCGAGGCCCCCAGGGAAGCCCCCCCUGACCCUGCAGGAGGAGUUCAAGGUCAGCCUGCAUCUUGCCAGGAAGCUGCUCUCCGAGGUUCGGGCCCAGGCCCGCCACUUUGCUGAUGUUCACCUGCCAGGAGUGAACCUGGACCUCCUGCCCCUGGGAGAGCAGCUCCCCAAUGUUUCCCUGACCUUCCAGGCCUGGUGCAGCCUCUCGGACCCAGAGAGACUGUUCUUCCUCUCCAUGAAACUUCGCCCCUUCCAAGCCCUACUGGGGGGGCUGGGGAGCAAGGGGAGCUGGGCCAGCUCAGAGAGAACGCGGCUGUGGGCCAUGAGGCUGGAUCUCCGAGAUUUGCAGCGACAUCUACGCUUCCAGGUGCUGGCUGCAGGAUUGAACCCCCCUGAUGAUGAGGAGGAGGAGGAGGAGGGGAAGGGGCUGCUCCUGGGGACCCUGGGCGGCCCCUCCCAGCUGUCCUGGCCCCAGCUCCUCUACACCUACCAGUUGCUGCACUCCUUGGAGCUUGUCUUGUCUCGGGCCGUGCGGGACUUGCUGCUGCUCUCCCAGGCUAAGAACCCAGUCCAGGCCUGGGGGUGCCCAACACUGGCUGGCUCCCAGCCCUGA